GUCGAGGUUUUCCGCUGCAGCUCCUCACUAAUCGCUGCUGGGAUUAUUUGAGAAAACCUGACGGUUCUUCAAAAGCUGUCCCCUCUCAUCAGAAUGAGGUGUGUGGCCCUCAGCCUCCUCUGUCUGCUGUGGUGUAACUCUGUGCAGAUGGACAGACACCGCCCCAGAAGUGCCCCAGGGACAAAUGGCACAGCAGUCCAGAGCGGUGCAGUGGAGAAUCCCUGCAAAGCCAUCCCGCUGGACUUUGUCUUUGUCAUUGACAGCUCUAGAAGCAUCCGCUCCGAAGAUUACGAGAAGGUCAAGACCUUCAUCAUUAACCUGCUGCAGUUCCUGGACAUCGGCCAUGAUGCCACCCGCGUUGGCCUGCUGCAGUACGGCAGUGUGGUUCAGCCUGAGUUCUCUCUCAACACGUACAGCAGCAGAGCGGAGGUGGAGCAGGCUGUGGGGGACAUGGAGCACCUCGCCACGGGGACCAUGACUGGUUUGGCCAUCCAGUACACCAUGGAGACAGCGUUCACUGAGGAGCAGGGAGCCCGACCCCUGAACAUGCACAUCCCACGAAUCGCCAUGAUUGUGACGGAUGGGAGACCUCAGGACUCGGUGAAGGAGGUCGCAGCUGAAGCUAGAAAUGCUGGCAUCCAGAUCUUUGCUAUUGGAGUUGGCAGAGUGGACAUGAAGAUCUUGAAGGCCAUCGGGAGUGAGCCUCACUCUGAGCAUGUCCACCUGGUGGCCAACUUUAGCCAGAUAGAGACUCUGAUCUCAGUGUUCCAGACCAAACUAUGUGAAGGAUCAAAGCUGUGUGAGGUGGUGGACCAUCAGUGUCAGCACAUCUGCAUGAACGUCCCUGGCUCAUACAGGUGCAAGUGCAGAAAAAGUUUCAGCAUCAACCCCGACGGCAAAACAUGCAAAGCUGAAGACAGGUGUGCUGAGGUGGAUCACGGCUGUGAGCACAUCUGUGCGAACCUGCCUGACGGCUACGAGUGUCGCUGUCGUCCAGGAUAUGAGCUCACUGUGGAUCGGAAGACUUGCAACAGGAUCGACUACUGUGAUCUGGGGAUCCAUGGCUGUGAGCACAGCUGCAUCAGCCUUCCAGAGUCCUUCGUCUGCAGAUGUAUGAAGGGCUACAUCCUCAACCUGGACGGCAAGACCUGCAGCAAGAUCGAUCACUGUGCAGACGGCCGUCACGGCUGUGAGCAGGAGUUCAUGAACACUGAGGACAGCUGUGUGUGUAAAUGCAGGAAAGGAUUCACACUCAGACCUGAUGGAAAGACAUGUACAAAGAUCGAUCACUGUGCAGACGGCCGUCACGGCUGUGAGCAGGAGUUCAUGAACACUGAGGACAGCUGUGUGUGUAAAUGUAGGAAAGGAUUCACACUCAGACCUGAUGGAAAGACAUGCAGCAAGACAGACCAUUGUGCUGACGGGAAGCAUGGCUGUGAGCAGGAGGCUGUCAACACAGAGGACUCCUGUGUGUGCAAAUGCAGGCAAGGAUAUGUGCUGCAACCCAAUGGAAAGACGUGCCAGAGUGUGGACGUGUGUCAAACAGUGGACCACGGCUGUGAGCACCAGUGCGUGACCAGCGGCAGCUCCUACAUGUGCAAAUGCUUUGAGGGAUUCGUGCUGGCUGAAGAUAAAAGGAGCUGUAAAAAACCGGAGUGUCACGACGGAGUCCUGGAUUUGGUCUUUGUGAUCGACGGCUCCAAGAGUCUGGGUCCUGCCAAUUUUGAGUUGGUGAAGCAGUUUGUGAACAGCAUUGUGGACUCUCUGGACAUUUCCAGGACCGGCACUCAUGUGGGCCUCAUCCAGUACUCAACCAAGGUGCGCACAGAGUUCACGCUGGGUCAGUACGUCACAGUGGACAGCAUCAAGCAGGCUGUGCGUCGGAUGGAGUACAUGGGGAGGGGCUCCAGAACCGGCUCAGCCUUACGUCACAUGUUCGAGUCCAGCUUCUCAUCCAGAGAAGGAGCCCGGCCGAACACGCAGCGAGUCACCAUCGUGUUCACUGAUGGAAGGUCACAGGACGAUGUCUCUGAAUGGGCCAGUAAAGCCAAAAACUCAGGAAUCACGAUAUAUGCUCUGGGCAUCGGGAAAGCCAUUGAACAGGAGCUGAGAGAGAUUGCAUCCGAGCCCGAUGAGAUGCACCUCUACUAUGCUGAGAGCUUUGAGAAGAUGGGAGAAAUUACACAAAAGCUCAAGUCCAGGAUGUGUACAGAUAAACCAGCUGAUGAAAGCAUGUGUCAGUGUGAGAACAUUAAAACGUUCCAGAACCACGUCACAGAGAAGCUGAACAACCUGGCUCAGAAAAAUAUCCUUUGUCCACUCGUCUGGCUGUGUUGCAUCUCUUGUGUGGGUCAAAGUGAGCUCUGACAGCUGUGUGUUUGCAGGUUAAUGGAUCCAAAGACAUCAGUGUCUUAUGAGGAAUGUUGAUGCUGCUGCAUCUUAUUUAUAAUGCCUGUACGGUAGUCUAUGUUAGUUUAUUUGGGUCAUUGUUUGUUCUGUAUUGUUGCAUCUUUAAAGUCCCAUUCAGAUCAUUUUUAAUCUACUGUAAAAGCUUUUCCUGUGGUCUUUAAUUCAUAAUUAUGCAAAAAAGUUGCUUUUUAGGACAUAGUUGGGCGUAGCAUGGAGCUUGUGGCCCUCCCAGAAUAUUUUUUAUGUUAUUUU